AUGCGGAAGAUCCAGGAGGAGAUUGCUGAGAAGCUAGGCAUGACAAUCAGCGAGAACAGCACAGAUGUGAGAGUCGCUCGACUUCGUGAAAGACUAGGGAAAGAGAACAGGGUUCUUGUUAUUUUGGAUGAUAUUUGGAAGUUCCUGGAUAUCAGGGCACUCGGAAUUCCUUCAGCAGACCAACACAAGGGAUGCAAGAUCUUAAUAACUUCGAGAAAGCUCGUUGUAUUGAAGUCGAUGGGUUCUCAAAAAAGCCUUCCAAUUGAUGUGCUGAAAGAAGAUGAAGCAUGGAACCUCAAUGGAAGUCGCCCAAAAAUGUGCAGGACUGCCACUCGCUAUUACAACAGUUGCAAAGGCUUUGAAACAUAA